AUGCCGGGACGAAAAGCGCUAAACGGUGUAAAUACGGGUGCUGGAGCCGGAGGGGGUAAGAGUGGUUGUACGGUGCAGCGCUACAGUAUAGCCGCUGGAAGCUCCCUCUCGAGCCGCCGCCGCCGCUCCGCCCUGCUUCCCUCCGUCCUCACAUUCGCCGUGAUCGUAGCAUCUGGAGGCCUGUUACUGCUCAUAGAGAAGGGCAUGUUAAACACCAUGCACCCUCCUGCUCCUCUCUCUAACUCCAGAAAACCUGAGCACCGCCGGUCAGUUGUGGACGUGGAGUCACAGAUCAUGCAGGACAUCCGUAACCGGACCAUCCGGGCCAUGUGUGGCCAGCAGAACACAGCACAGAGUGUGUGGUCGCUCAGCCCACUACAGAGGAAGACGGUGCUCCAGCACAUCCUGGUGAAUGAGAAGUAUCGUUUCCUGUACUGCUACGUACCCAAGGUGGCCUGCUCGAAUUGGAAGCGCGUGCUGAAGGUGCUGAGCGGCGCGCUGACCGACGUCGGCGUCCACGUCCAGAUGGACCACCACUCGGACCUGCUCUUUCUCUCAGAUUUCUCGCCCGAUGAGAUCCGUUACCGUUUACGCCACUACUUUAAGUUUAUGUUUGUGCGUGAACCUAUGGCGCGCCUGCUCUCCGCAUACCGCAACAAGUUUGGCGAGAUCGAGUCCUACCAGCGCAAGUACGGUGCCGAGAUCGUACGCCGGUACAGGAAAGGUUUCGCGAAGAAAACGAAGGUGGCCGGAGACGACGUGACGUUCACCGAGUUUGUGCGCUACCUGCUGGACGAGGAGCCUGAGCACAUGAACGAGCACUGGAUGCCCAUGUAUAACCUGUGCCAACCGUGUGCCAUGCAGUACAACUUCAUAGGCUCGUACGAGAGACUACAGAGCGACGCCGAGUACGUUUUGGAGCAGGUGGGUGCUCCGCAAAAUGUGCGCUUUCCAGACCGGCAGACGUGGUAUAGACCCGUUACAAAAGAAACACUGCAUUAUUACCUGUGCAUGGUGCCACAGAAACUGCUGAGGGAACUUUUGCCAAAGUAUAUUCUAGACUUUUCUCUCUUUGGAUAUCACCUGCCAAACAUCACCACCGAGUACUGUCGACACUAG